AAAAAAAAAAAAAAAAAAAAAAAAAACUCCGAAACACAGGUGAAGAUGGCUAGAGUAAGCCACAAGCGAAAAUCGGAGGGUCACCUCAUCAGAUCACAACCAGCAAAACAGAAAACAGCAGAACAACCACAGCAGGAUAGCAGCAACAACCAGAAGAAGAAGAAGCACGAGGACGACAACGACGGCAAUAGUAACAACCAAGUCGAACUCCAGCAGACCAUCGACCAACUCUUAUCCCAGGUUAGCAUCCCUCAGAUACGAUCCAACAAGAACCAGGAUGUCGGUCAAAAGAGCAACAAGAGGGGCACUGUCAGGAAACUGGGACAACUGGCUCCCAACCAGGCCAUCCAACCGUCCCCGGUAACCGUCUCAGGACACCGACUGGCCGGCCCACGGAACCCACUGCCGACGGGCGGCGACCAAAGCUUGGUCCUGACGGUCUCGCGAAAGACGCCGUUCAGCGUGUACCUCAAACGCGCACUCGCUCACCUCCGAAAGCCCGCCGCUGGCCCACUCGUCCUUCGCGCUAUGGGAUGCGCCGUCUCGAUGGCCUUCUCCCUCGCCAUGGCCGUCGAGUCCCAUCUCCAGAUCGCCAGCCCCGCCGUCCUGCUCAGAGCGCUCUCCACUGGUACUGUCGUCGUCGGGGAUGAGAUCGUGCCCAAGUCCUCAAAUAUCGCCGAUCCCGAACUCAUCUACCAAACUCGAAACCAAGCCUCGGUCGAAAUCAAAUUGACCAUCAAACGUUAAGCUACGAUCCUUGAAGCAUCAAUCGCAAAUAAACUGCGGAUACUUGACUUCGAUAUAAAUAUAGACAGGGGGGGAAGUUUAAA